AUGGAAUCUCAUAUAAAGCAUUCGGUCGGCGGCUCAACACUCCACACGUAUCAUCCGUGCCGGCGCAACGUUCCAUACAGAAUCUACGCCGUUAUACACAUUUGUGGCAUCGUAGCCCUCAUGUAUCACCAUGCACACUCACUUGUCACAGCAGACAAACCUCUAAUAACAUCACUUCUUCUCCUCGCCGAUGUUGUUCUGGCUUUCAUGUGGGCCACCUCAGCUGCCCUCCGGUUUAACCCGGUUCACCGGUCCGAGUACCCGGAGAGAUACGUAGCUAAACCCGUGGAGGACUUUCCAAAGCUGGACGUGUUUAUAUGCACGGCUGAUCCAUACAAGGAGCCUCCGAUGAUAGUGGUUAACACCGCUUUAUCUGUCAUGGCUUAUGAUUAUCCGUCGGAUAAGAUCUCGGUCUAUAUAUCGGACGACGGAGGAUCGUCGUUGACUUUGUUUGCUUUGAUGGAGGCUGCUAAGUUCUCUAAACAUUGGUUGCCCUUCUGCAAGGGGAACAAUAUUCAAGAUCGGUCCCCUGAAAUUUAUUUCUCAUCAAAGUCAUAUUCUGCGAGUGGCGAAGCUCAAAAUCUGAAGAUAAUGUAUAAAGAUAUGAAAAACAGAGUAGAACAUGUCGUUGAAAGUGGAAAGGUUGAGGCUGAGUUUAUCACAUGUAAUGAAUCUCGUGGAGUAUUCGAUUUGUGGAGCGACAAAUUCACUCGUCAUGACCAUCCCUCUAUUAUUCAGGUGCUACAAAAUAGCGAGACAGAUAUGGACGUGACUAAUGAAUUUAAGAUGCCAAACCUAAUCUAUGUUUCAAGAGAGAAGAGUAAAGUUUCACCACAUCAUUUCAAAGCCGGCGCUCUUAAUACUUUGUUGCGCGUAUCUGCGGCCAUUACAAACUCACCGAUCAUUCUAACACUAGAUUGCGACAUGUACUCGAACGAUCCUGUGACACCAGUUCGUGCCUUGUGCUACCUAACAGAUCCUAAAAUCAAAUCUGGUUUAGGUUUUGUCCAAUUUCCUCAGAGGUUUCAAGGAGUAAGCAAGAAUGAUAUUUAUGCAUGCGAAUACAAACGCCUCUUUGUAAUCAAUAUGAUUGGGUUUGAUGGGCUUAUGGGUCCAAAUUAUCAUGGAACGGGAUGUUUCUUUAAUCGACGAGUUUUCUUCGGGCCUCCAUCUAAUUUAAUUUUGCCGGAGAUCAAUGAACUUAGGCCUGAUCGGAUUAUUGAUAAGUCAGUCAAGACCCAAGAAGUUUUGGCAUUGGCACACAAAGUAGCAGGAUGUAAUUACGAGCAAAACACCAAUUGGGGAUCUAAGAUUGGAUUCAGAUAUGGAUCGUUAGUAGAAGACUACUACUCAGGAUAUAGAUUCCAAUGUGAAGGUUGGAGAUCGGUUUUUUGCACUCCCAAAAGAGCAGCAUUUUAUGGAGAUGUCCCAAAAAGCUUAACUGAUAUAGUGAACCAACAAAAGAGAUGGUGUAUUGGACUUCUUGAAAUGGCCUUUUCAAGGUAUAGCCCCAUUACUUAUGGGAUCAAAUCAAUAGGGCUGCUAAUGGCCGCAGGCUAUUGUCAAAAUCCAUUUUGGGGUUUCUGGUCAAUUCCUCUCAUCGUCUAUGGAUUAUUACCGCAACUUUCCCUAUUCUGUGGAGUUAGCGUCUUCCCCAAGACAUCGGAUCCAUGGUUUUGGCUUUACAUCUUCUUGUUCUUUGGUGCAUAUACGCAAGAUCUACUAGAUUUUGUAUUUGAAGGAGGAAGUUAUCGCAGAUGGUGGAACGAUCAAAGAAUGUGGUUGAUAAGAGGACUCACAUCCUUCCUUUUUGCCCUAAUAGAGUUCACUCUCAAAAAUCUAAACCUUUCGACCUUUGGUUUCAACGUCACCAGCAAAACCGAUGAUGAAGAACUAAACAAGAGGUAUGAGCAAGAGGUUUUUCAUUUCGGAUCCUCUUCAUAUAUGUUCUUGCCAGUUACAACGGUCGCGAUCGUGAACCUCCUUGCCCUCGUCUGGGGGCUUUAUUGUCUUCUCGCUCGGAGAGAAGAAUGCGUCCUUGAAUUGAUGCUGGCGAGCUUCGCGGUGGUGAAUUAUUUGCCGAUCUAUGAAUCUAUAAUAUCGAGGAAAGAUGACGGAAAAAUUCCAAACAUGGUAUGUUUCUUAGCUGGGACCGUGACAUUUGCUCUUAUUGUAUCAGGUUACUUCCUUUUCACGUAA